AAUGACUCCUGGGAUCAGGACAAACAGCAUUCAUGAUAGCAAGUGGUGAGAUAAUUGGAAUGCGGUAGUGCCUUAGCACCGUCCCCAUGUCGGAGACGGCCAAUAAACUUUCUGCUCUCCAGGACUCUGGUGGAGAUGGCACCACAGGAGAGCGUCGCUUGCGCCAGUUGGAGUCCCUUUUCCUUGGAGGACCUAUCCAAGGACAAGGGCAGUGUUUUAGUAUUGAAACAUUGCUUGAUAUCCUUCUGGUGUUAUAUGAUGAGUGCUGUAAUUCUUCUUUACGGCGUGAGAAAACAGUUUCUGAGUUUAUUGAAUUUGUUAAGCCAAUUGCAAGCAACAUUAAAUCUUUGCGGCUUUCAAGAGAAGACUUUGAAAUUGUGAAAGUAAUUGGACGAGGAGCGUUUGGGGAAGUAUGUGUAGUCAAAAUGAAGGGUAGUGAUAAAGUUUAUGCAAUGAAAAUACUCAACAAAUGGGAAAUGUUGAAGAGAGCCGAAACAGCAUGCUUUCAAGAAGAGCGUGAUGUCUUGGUUUUUGGUGACCGCCGGUGGAUUACCAAUUUGCAUUUUGCUUUUCAAGAUGAAAAUAAUUUGUAUUUGGUCAUGGAUUAUUAUUGUGGAGGUGAUUUAUUAACAUUACUGAGCAAAUUUGAAGACCGUCUUCCAGAAGACAUGGCUCGAUUCUACAUUGCAGAAAUGAUUUUGGCUAUUGGGUCUAUUCAUGACCUGCGCUAUGUUCAUCGUGAUAUCAAACCCGACAACGUUCUGUUGUGUGCUAAUGGUCACAUUCGUUUAGCUGACUUUGGUUCGUGUCUCAAACUGUCACCGGAUGGUACAGUUCAAAGUAAUGUAGCUGUGGGGACUCCUGAUUACAUUUCUCCAGAAAUAUUAAGAGCUAUGGAAGAUGGCCAGGGGAGGUACGGGCCAGAGUGUGAUUGGUGGUCUCUGGGUGUUUGUAUGUAUGAAAUGCUCUAUGGUGAGACUCCAUUUUAUGCAGAGUCGCUUGUUGAAACUUAUGGAAAGAUUAUGAACCACAAGAACUGUUUUGACUUUCCUUGUGAUGUUGGGUAUGAAGUAUCGGCUGAAGCCAAAGAUCUAAUGAAGAGACUGAUAUGUAGCUCAGAGCUAAGAUUGGGGCAGAAUGGAAUUGAUGAUUUUAAAAACCAUGCUUGGUUUGUGGGGGUUGAUUGGUCAAAUCUCAGAGAUACAACUGCUCCUUACAUACCUGAAGUCAGUAGUCCAACUGACACCUCGAACUUUGAUGUAGAUGAAGCUGAUACUCGUACCUCAGAUGCUGUACCACCUACAGCAGCAAACCCUGCAUUUUCUGCCCUGCAUUUGCCCUUUGUUGGGUUCACAUUCACCUCAGGGAGUUGUAUUUCAGACCUGGGUAGUGUGCCCAGCAACACAACUGUGAUAACACGCCGUAUCAAACAAUUAGAAGAGGAAAACCAAACUUUAAAAAGAAAUCUCCUAGAUGCAAAAGAAAAUAAUCUUGUUCAUUACCCCAAUGAUUUUGCCUCAAAUGAGGAAACCAAGAGAUUAUCUCCUACCACUGAAACUGCAAAUGGUACUCGACGUCUUCAAGAUGAAAUAAAUACCCUCACAAAACGGAAUUGCGAACUAGAAAAUCAAUUAAAAGUCCUUGAGCAGCUUCAAAAUCAAGCACCGGACCUUAAAAUCCUCUCACUAGAAGGGGAAUCUAGUACUCGAAUAAGGGAAUUGGAGAAAAUGGUUCGCAUGCUGCAACAAGACAGGGAUGAGGCUCUUAAGGAUAAAGCUGAUGUGCAUGAAAAAAUUAAGAUACAAGAUAAAGAGUUAAAGGAAGCUCUCACUCAACGGAAAUUAGCCAUGGAUGAAUACACAGAGGUUUCAGACAAGUUGUCAGAGUUGCGCCAACAGAAGCAAAAACUCUCUAGGCAGGUGCGGGACAAGGAAGAAGAGCUGGAAGUGGUGAUGUCGAAGGUGGAUGCAUUACGAAAUGAUAUAAGAAAAGCUGAGAAACUAAGGCGUGAACUUGAAGCCAGAGUUGAUGAGGCCAUAGCUGAAGCAACCAAAGAACGAAAGCUCCGAGAGAGAAGUGAAGAGUACUGCCGUCAAGUUGAAGCAGAGGCAGAACAAAGAGUGAGGUCUCGUGCUGAUAGCACAAGUAGUUCUGCUGCUGUCCACGCCAGUCAAGAAAUAGCUCGCCUUAAAGCUGAAGUUGAGAAGAUAGAGGUGCAGUAUAAUGAAGACUUAAACCAGCAACAGACUCGCUACAACUUGGAGAUUUGCAGCCUUAGAGAACAGUUACAAGAGUCUGACAACACACGUGAAGUGCUUGAAAGAGAGGUGGCUGUAUUCAAGGAUCGUUUAGAUUCAAUUCGGCUUGAGAGUGUAGCAGACAGUGAAGAAGCAGUUGCUGAGUUAAGUAGAAGGCAUGAUAGGGAUAAGGCAAUGCUACUUGACGAGAAUAAGAAACUCAUGAUUGAGAUGGAAUCGGCCCGAGAUGCUUUGGCACGUAUGCAAGCUGAACGAAGACAACUUGAAAGUGAUUAUGAAGAUUUGAGAACAAAAAAAGAUGCCAUAGCUCAGUGGGAGGCUCAAAUAACAGAGAUCAUUCAAUGGGUUAGUGAUGAAAAGGAUGCAAGAGGAUACUUGCAAGCUCUCGCCACCAAGAUGACUGAAGAACUAGAAUACUUAAAACAUUCAGGAGUGGGCAACACUCCAGCUGCUGACAAGAAUUGGAGAAACAGACGCAGUCAAAAACUUGAUAAAAUGGAGCUUUUAAAUCUUCAAAGUAGCUUGCAGUCUGAAAUUCAGGCAAAGCAGGCAAUAAGUGAAGAACUAAGCAAAACUCGAUCAGAGUUGAUAGCUGCCCAAAAGGAAUUGAGGGAUGUUCGACAGCGAUUGGACAAUCUUGCUCAUGAUGUGAAACGCAAAGAAUCUCAAGUAAAGGAAUUACAGUCUCGCCUGGACUCAGGAGAAGGAUCUGCACACUCACCUUUUAUUAGGAGUGGAAACCAUGUCCUGGAAAGACCCUCAUCUCAAAUGUCCUACCUGGACCAUUUUCUCAAGGAGUCAUCUGCUCGCCAUGGAGGGUCUGUUGAAAGUGAAGAGGGUGACAUUGAAGACAACCGGGCUCCAUCAGUCUCGAGUAGCAAGUCCAACCUUUCUGAACUAAGCAUUGAUCCGGGCUCUCCACUUGGAUUGGAUUUGAAUCUCAGUAUGGGCCAUCAUAGUGGUGGCAAACUACCUCCUCAUCUAGUUCCCCAUCACAUGAACAUUGCUGCCAUGAAACCAAAAUCUCACCAAUUUCUUGUUCGCACGUUCAGUUCCCCAACCAAAUGCAAUCAUUGUACAUCACUCAUGGUGGGGUUGACCAGACAAGGGGUUGUAUGUGAAGUUUGUGGAUUUGCUUGUCACAUGUCCUGUUGUGAUAAAGUUCCAGCUGUAUGCCCGGUACCACCAGAUCAAACCAAAAGACCUCUGGGGAUUGAUCCCACUAGAGGCAUCGGAACUGCUUACGAAGGGUAUGUGAAGGUACCAAAAACAGGUGGAGUCAAAAAGGGAUGGGUCAGGCAGUUUGUUGUUGUCUGUGACUUCAAACUUUUCCUCUAUGAUAUUUCACCUGACCGCAAUGCCCUGCCAUCUGUAUAUGUGUCACAAGUUUUAGACAUGAGGGAUGAAGAUUUUGCUGUGAGCUCUGUUCGGGAAUCUGAUGUCAUACAUGCUACAAAGAAAGAUAUUCCAUGCAUUUUUAGGAUUACAACAUCUCUCAUGGAUCCUCCCUGGCUUAAAAAUCACACAUUGAUGCUGGCUGACACUGAAAGUGAAAAGACAAAGUGGGUAGUUGCCCUGAGUGAACUACAUCGCAUUCUGAAACGUAACAAUCUUCCAAACACCACUAUAUUCCGAGCAAAGGAAUUACUGGACAACACACUUGCCUUCAUAAAAAAUGCCAUGUCAGGUGCAAUUAUUGAUCCUGAUCGUCUAGUCAUUGGAACAGAAGAAGGGUUGUUCUGCUUGGAUUUGGAUCGCAAUGAAAUGGCUCGUGUUGGAGAAGGCAAGAAAGUGUACCAGUUGGAGUAUGUGCCAGAAGAGCAGUUACUAGUGGUCCUGUCUGGAAAGCAACGUCAUGUUCGUCUCAUACCUGUUCGUGCAUUGGAUGGGGAUGAUGUAGAAUGGAUUAAGGUUGCUGAAACAAAAGGCUGCUUGACCUUUGCCACUGGUGUGAUGUCUCGAUUACCUCAAUCCAGCUAUUGUCUGUGUGUGGCAAUCAAAAGACAGAACACUUCUCAAGUUAUAAUUUAUGAAAUAACUCGUACAAAAACACGUCAUAAGCGCUUGAGAGAGGUAAUGCUACCUACAACAGCUCAAUCCCUCAAUAUUUUAAGUGAAGGAAGGCUUUGUAUUGGAUACCAAUCUGGAUUCAGUGUUUAUAGUAUUGCUGGAGAUCAUCAUGCUAUCUCUUUAGUCCAUCCGGAUAACCAACUUCUAGGAUUUUUAGCCUACAGUGCUGUUGAUGCCAUGCGAUGUGUGGAGUUAUCUCGAGGAGAGUUUCUUCUUGUUUUCCAAACUCUUGGUCUGUAUGUUGAUACCCAAGGCCGAAAGUCUCGUGACCGUGAAAUUAUGUAUCCUGCUAUACCUCUCUUUGUGAGUUAUUGCGAUGGACACCUAAUGGUCUAUACUGAGACACACAUUGAUGUGUUUAAUGCUGCCUCUGGAGAAUGGGUACAGACAAUAAAUGUGAAGAGAGCUCGUCCUCUUAAUUCGUCUGGAUCUCUCAGCAUGUGUGUGAUUAAUGAUAUGCCACACAUAAUCUACAUUUGUAACGUCCAUCAAAGAGAACAAAUUAAUGUAACUGGAGUAGAUGCCUCUGGCCGAGUUGUUCCUCGUCCUCGCCGAAGGUUCUCCAUGAGGGAGGGCCACAGAGCCACCAGAGCACCGGACCGCAGAUCAAAGAUGAUAUCAGCUCCAACCAAUUUUAAUCACAUAAGUCACAUGGGUCCUGGUGAUGGCAUUCAAAUUCAAAGACUUUUGGAUCUGCCAACAACUCUAGAGACAGCUGAUCAAAGGGGUGGUUUUCACACUGCCGCCUCAACGUCUGCCAAGAUGUCUGCCACUCCUCCAAGACAUGCUCCUCACCCGCCGCCGCACCAAGAACAGCGGCGAAUGUCAGGAAACAUGCAGCGGACCCCUCCACCGAGCUACACAGGACUGAAUGGAUCCAGUAUGUCUUCCAGGCGCGGCGUCGCUCCACCUCGCCCGUCGGUCACACCGCCCUCCCUCCCUCGCUCUCCCGACUCGGCGCCCAACGACGGUGCUGUUGGUAACAGCGCGGACCCUUUGGCGUCAAUGUCCUCUCUAUCACAUCCCAGCCAUUCCAGUGUGUCCUCUCUGCACGAUAUUAUGAGGGAGGCUUCAGCAAGUGGCGGUAGUCCCCGUCACUCUAUUGCAUCAAAUAACAGCAGUAACCCAAGUACCCCACCCAGCCCAGCUCAUGGUGACCAUGGGUCCUCUAGCUAUGAUAGCUAAUUUAGUGCAUUGGUGUAUCUACUUACCUCCAGUUUUCUGUCUCCUUUCUUUUAUCCAUCCCUAUUUUAUUAAUCUAUUGCUUUUAAAGAAGUCUUGAUUGAUUUUUUUUUUUUUGUUUGUUUUGCUUAGUGAAAAUAAGCAUCCAAAGAUACACAGUAUUAGUCCUCCAGAACAAAAGGGGCACUUGGCAAAAUUAUGUACUCCAUUUAAUCUUAAUGAUUUAGAAUGUGUACUGGAAAUUUUCAUGUUUGCCUUUUUUUGUCUUUAUUUUUUUUUUUUUUUGGUUGUUUGUUUGAUUGUUUGUUUGAUUGACUGCUUCGAUUUAUUUUAUUAUUUGGAAAUUUGUGGAGUGCUGGGGUUUGCAUUUUAUUAACUAUUUAUUCUGCACUGUUUACAACAAAGCAGAUAAGUUCCAUCCUAGAGUUGUUGAUGCCUUGCAACAGCUUUCUUUCUAAUUCCUGUUAUGAAAUUCACCAUGUGCAAUGUUUGAUAUUGAUACAUUAUUUUUGCUUUGUGCCAUCUCACCUAAAUGUUGUACAUGACCCUUGCACUUUCCCUAUUGUUUAUUUAUGUAUUUGCUGCGUUUACCUAUUAUUUAGGUAACAAAAUGUUUAUACUGUCAUCUUUUACGUCAACAGAUCCCUGAGAUGAAAGACUUGACAUAUUCUAUGUAAGAAUGCAUCAUCUAACCAACUAUCACAUAGUAAAAAUACUGACUUAUGUUUAGUGUGUAGUGACUCAGGGUAGUGACUGAAAUUUUUUAAAAAGAUUGAUAUGUAUAAUUUCCAAGGUUGGUUAUUCAUAGAAUAUCAGUUGGAAACUUGUCAAGGCUCAGAAAUUUUGGUUUUUGUGUUGGAAACAUGAAAGACACAACAUGUUGAGUAAUGUUAUUGAAAACAGGUACUUCAAGGCUUUUAUUGUUGUGGGUGCAUUCUUUUGACUGUUGCUGUUACUCUAUUUUGAAAUGAUUCUAAACAUUAGAUUUGGAGUGAAACACUUUGACCAAAAGAUUUACUGCCACUGAUUCAAUACCUCUCAUGACCAAAUUGUCAAUUAAAAGGACUCAACUUUUUUUUUUCUUGCAAUCUUUACAUCUCUAACAUUGGAGUAUUGAUUAAAUGAAUUAUUUUGUAAGGCUAUAGGUACUAAAUUUACGCAUUGACUGUUAGAUAAUGUCAUUAGUGUUCCUCAAUAGCUCAGAGCUGUUACAAUCGGCAAUAACUCUAGAUCUUCAAGAAAAUUUCUGCAGUGUCAUGUAAAACUCUAAAUCUCAUUUUUAUUUAUAUUUCCAAACAGAGAUCUUGCAUUUGAGGUUUUGAGUGGUCUUUACACGGUCUUUAUGUACCCCUAUGUGGUUAUUGCAAACUCUUUCAGCCCAUUUGAAUUAUUGCUUUAUUUGAAGUGUGGCAUUACUUACACAACAGUGCAGUAUUGUGCAAACCCCUUGUUCCUGUUAAUUUUAGUCAAUGAAAUGUCAAUAUUUGAAUGCAGUGAAAGCAAGGACUCUUAAAUGGAUUGUAUUACUUAUUAUUUAUUCAAAUAAGUAGAUGUACUGCCAAGCAAUACUAUCUAUCUUGUUUAAACUUUAUUUAUGUGAAAUACUAUGAAUUAUUUACAUACAUUUUUCCCACUGAGAUUUAUUAUUGGCUGCAUGUCAUUCUAAUUUCUUCCCAGGCCAUCUGCUUGAUUUGCAGAUGAAAUGGCUUUCAGAAUUAUUAAUUUUCUAAGUUUAUUUAUUGCAAUGUCUGUAGAUAUUAUUGUAUAUCUUGCAAUAUAUCUCAGAAAUAGCUUCUAGUCAUUGUCUUACUUUGAAUUUUUACCAUAGAUGGUAUUACCAACUUAUUACGUCACCCUAAUGCUCCAAUUGUCUUGUUCCAACCAGAUUUAAUUUGUACUCAGAGCAUAAGAAAUUCUAUAUGAAACUCACAUCCUCAUCUUAACCUUGUGUCCUUGUCAGCAUUUUACAAAUAUGCAGACUAGAAAGUAAUAAAUGACUGGUAAUCUGUAAAUUUAUGAUGGAGUGUACAUGUCAAUGUAAAAAAUACCAAUGCCUGUUCACUCAACGAUAGGUAUGGGACAAUAAUUUAACCCUCUUAUGUAGUUUAACACCUUAAUUCAUACAAGUACAAAAUGUACGUACCUUAAUGAAUAAGAACAAAGUCUAACAUAGGAAUAGUGUGUUAUGUAUGGAAUUUUCAUUUUGCAAUAAGUAUUUGUUCUAGAUAUUUUAUGCUUAAAUAUGAUUGUAGCCUGAAUCAGUCUCUUAAAUAUUUAGUACUAGAUGCCAUUGAUAUGGACGAGGGUGUAAGUUGGUGGAUGUUUGGAUGUUCUUUCAAUAACUUGCCAUGUAUGUUGCCAUGCCUCUAAUAACUCUUUUGCUGUAUGCCUCUUUUCUAUAUAUUUCUAAAAAACUAUUGUAUAUGACCCAAUUGGUGAAAGAUUCAAGAUAAGGCCUUUCUUUACUAUUUUGAGAAAUGAAACGAGUUGCUUUAGGCAUGGUGCUUGGAUUCUUCUAACAUGUUUGAAAGCAAUUGCUCAGGUUGAAAGUACCAUAUUUUGCAGGUAUGUACUGUUACACUAAUGUUGAUGCAUGGUCUGGAAUGGAAAUUGUAUCUCUAACUGUCAGGUGGUGUAUUCAUAUAAGAUCUGUUGAUUUGUAUUGUAUUUUGUACCCAUAAUGUAUUAAAAUUAUUACUUGAAACUCUUAUUGAAAACUGUUCAUGAUUCUUCAAGGCUUUUUAUGGUAUUUGGAGGGAAAGUCUACCCCAAUUUUUCCUUGUCUUGGAACAGAUCUGCUUCUCCUAUCGACAAAAUGCAAUUGUUUUUAUUUUGCUCCUUUGAUGAUUUAUUCAUUAGGUAGGCUAGUUUGUUUGCUCUUCCCAUGACCUUUAGAAACUGCUGGGAUCUUCUGUUACAGUUUCGCAAGUUUGUGUCUUUUUAAUGUAUGUAGCAAAAAAAAUGUGAUCUAGUAUGAUGAUACUGUUUUUAAAUGUGAACACCUUGCUUUCUACUGCAUUUUCUCUUACGACUGGAAUUUACUAUCAUUGUAACACUAAGUUCUGCCAUAUUUAUCUGGGUGCCUUGAUGGAUGGAUCAUCAGAUAGUUGGACUUCCUCAUAAGGUAUAAACUUUGUAAUGUAAACCAUACAUGCAUUUCAACAGCACCUGUUUAUUUACUUUUACAGUGGUAGGUUUGGUUGUUUUCAUCAACAAGGACAUGAUAAGCAUUGUAACAGUCACUUAUUAUUAAUUUGCAAAACUUGUCUAUCUUUUAUUCAUAAGUACUUCUGUAUGUUAUGUUUCAUAUUUUUUUAUAAUUUACAGCUCUUAGUAAAAAGUUAUCUAUA